AUGUCUUACAUGCUCGCUCGCCCCGUCACUAUCUCCCGUGGGUUUGCCUCUUCUGCUAUAUCUGCAGCUAGUGCACCCAUUGCACUGCAUGGAGUGGAUGGUCGUUAUGCUACUGCCCUUUACGGUGCUGCUCUCAAAGACAAAGUUCUUGAAAAAGUUGAGCAGGAACUAAAGAUGGUUGAAUCCCUCAUUGCCAAAGAUGUUGGUGUUCAAAGUUUUCUUAAUGCUCCUCUGCUCGACCGCACUACCAAGAGAGAAGGUGUCAAGUCACUCCUUUCUCAGGGAAAGUAUUCGACUGUGACAAAGAACUUUUUCGAUCUGCUUGCUGAGAAUGGCCGUUUGAAUCAGACUGAGAAGAUCAUCGCUUCUUUUGCUCAGCUCAUGUCUGCUGGUCGUGGCGAGGUUCCUGUUGUGGUCACUUCGGCCAAGGAAUUGGACGCUAAAACUCUUGGUAAACUGAGAGACGUUUUAGCCAAAAGCAAACUGGUUGCUCCUGGAUCUAAACUGCUUGUCUCUAACAAGAUCAAUCCUGAGAUCAUUGGUGGACUCGUUGUUGAAGUGGGUGACAAGACGGUUGAUCUGUCUGUUCUAUCCAAGGUCACAAAACUCAACAACCUUCUCACUCAGGCUGUUUAAAUGGUUUACAAUGACUUCAAGCUUAUUUUUUUGCGUAAUGAACCAAUGUGAAACCAGAUAUA